AUGUAUCCCAGGAUUAAAAACCUCGCGCUUUACGCCUUUUCGAUCACGCUGCUGGCGUGGGUUUUUUACAUGACGAAAGAGGCAAAGUUGGCAGCAUCAUCAGCGGACCAGAAAGUGGAUGUAGCAAAUCACGAACUGAAGUCUCUGGUUAUGGAUAAUGCUGAACCCAGCAAGUGUUUGCCAAACCUGACCCUUGCCAAUUCUUCUCUCAACCUCCCGGAGCUUCAUCGCGUCUUCCUAACAUACAAGCACUGCCGGAACUUCUCAGUCCUGCUGACGCCUUCCAGGUGUAACAAAGAGACGUUCCUCUUGCUGGCAAUCAAGUCUUCCCCAAUAAACAUAGACCGACGGGUGGCAAUCAGGAACACGUGGGGGAAGGAGGUCUCCAUUGGUGGCAAGCGCAUCAGACUGGUAUUCCUUCUAGGACGCUCGGAGGCCAAAAUCCAGGUACAGCCCCUGCACCAGCUGCUGGCUUACGAGAGCCGGGAGUUUGAUGACAUCUUGCAGUGGGAUUUUGUUGACAACUUUUUCAACUUGACCCUCAAGGAGCUGCAUUUCCUCCGCUGGUUCAUGGAGGACUGUCUGCAUGCCAGGUUUGUGCUGAAGGGUGAUGAUGAUGUCUUUGUCAACACUUACAACAUUGUUGAGUUCCUUCAAGAACUGGACCCUGAACAGGAUCUCUUUGUUGGGGAUGUAAUUGCCAACGCCCGGCCCAUCAGGAACACGAAGGUCAAAUACUUUAUUCCAGAGUCCAUGUACAGAGCCUCUUUUUAUCCUCUCUACGCAGGUGGAGGGGGCUAUGUGAUGUCUAGAGAGACAGUGCGCCGCCUCCAGAGCACCGCAGAGGACAUGGAGCUCUUCCCAAUAGAUGACGUCUUUGUGGGAAUGUGUCUGGCAAAGAUGGCAGUGACCCCAAAGAACCACCCUGGCUUUAAGACUUUCGGGAUCCAGAGACCUUUCAAUCCUUUUGAUCCGUGCUUGUACAAAGAGCUGAUGAUUGUGCACAGACUAAACCCAACUGAGAUGUGGAUCAUGUGGACGCUGGUAAAGGAUGACAGCAUUAGGUGUGCAGUGUCAGUAACGCACAGCUACAGAAGGGGUUGGAAAAGAAGCUACUGA